UUUUACUUAUAGAGUCAAUAAUUAUUUGAAUAAAAUGAUGAAUAAAAUCAUUGGUUAUUUUUUUAUUUUAAACAUAAUGAUGUGUAUCUACCUGAAGCUAUCGAUUAAAUAACUAAUCGAUAUUCUACUGUCAUUUUUUAAUGUUAACAAGACACGUGUGUCGUAGUCACAAUUUUAUGUUUAUAUAUUUUUUAUUUUUUUUAACUUUUAUAAUUAUGUAUAGGUAUCUUUAUUUGUUUGGAUAAAUUUCAAUGAUAAUAAGUUUCUAAUGACUAAUAAAUAAUGUCGUCAAUAAAAAAGAGCAUUGGGUCCAGUCUUGCUUCACGAACAACAUAUGGAUUUGAGGAAGAGCCACGCUAUGAUGAUAUGACUAUUGAAGAACUGACAGAAUGUCUAGAUUCAUCAAUUCGUACAAAUAAAAUUUUAGAAAUGGAAAAUGAUAUGUUCGAGCAUUAUUUGUCGAGGCAUGAUCCUCAAUCACUUAUUGCAAUGACACAUGUACUUGAUACUGCAAAAAGAAUUCAAAGAGUUGCCUCACAACUUAUACCAGAAUCAUCUGAUCAAAAUUUAGUUGAAAGUACUUCAGGUAUUUACUCAAUAUAUGAACCAAUACCGAGAUCACCAAGUAAAUUAACAAGUUCUCAGACACUUAACACAUUAUCAGGAAGUGGUCAAUUUUCUUCCAAGUUGAUACCACAUGUAAAACGUCUACGGAUAACAUUGACACGUCGUGCAGAAAUGGCUACUGAGGAAACUGAAGAAACGAAAAAAAAUAUGUUAGCAUUAGAGAAAGAAACAAUGAAAAAAAAAGAAAGUAUACAAGCGCAAAUGGAAGAAAUACAAACAAGAAUACAGGAUAUUCAUGAAACGAAAAAUCAUCUUGAAGAAAAUAUUGUUAAAAAAGGUGUUGAUCCAUUAACUGGUAAAAUAUCUGCUAAAAAAUUCAUUAGAUUUAUGAAUGAUUUAACAAAAAAAGCUGAUCGUGAACUUGAAAAAUUAAGACUCAAAAAUUUUACAACAAAAGGGCAAAUUAAACAUGUAACAGAACAAUUAAAACAAAAACAACAACUUGGCGAAUCACUUCAUCCAAUUGAUUUUCAAGCUGUAGCUAUUGAAAAUCAAGAAAUACUUGAUAAAAUCGAAAAUAAAAAUAAACAACUUGAAGAAUUAAAAAUGGUAACUGGACAUUAUAAUUUAAAGUUAAUAUCACACAAAAAUAAACUAGCUGAACAAACAAUAAAAUUAAAUAACAUGAAAGAAGAAAUAAGUAAUAAACAAUACCAAAUGGAAAAAUUAAAAAUUCAAGAGGAGUGUCUACAAACGGAAAUCGAAGAUAUUCAAAAACAAAUUGAAAAUAUUAAAAAAUUAACAGAUAAAUAUCACCUGCCAGAUGUCAUGGAAUUUAUUCAAGUACAAACUGAACUUCGAGAAAUGAAAAAAACUUAUGAUAGACUAGAAAGACAUCAAAAAAUUCAAAAAACUGCAGUGUCCAACAUAAAAAAUAAACGACAGUUAUAUAAAAAUGAACUUGACACAAAAACAUCAAAUCAUUCUCAAUUUUUCGAAGGUCUACGUGAAUCACAAAUAUUUCUCAAUUGAAUGUAAAAUUGUCAAAAAAUAUCUCUUUAAAAAAUAAAUAAAACAUAAAAAAGAAAAACCAAGGAGUGGAUGCAAUUACUUCAAGAAGCAAUUACCGUCACAAAUUGCGCUACAAGAUAAUUGAAGUUACCGGUUGUCCUUUGAGAAAAAACGCAACGGAAGCAUCAUGAAAAUGAUGAUGAUAUUCAUCAUAAUAAUUAUUAAACUUCCAUCAACCUUAAGUAAUCACGAAAGGACAAUAUUUUUUCUUUUUUCUUUGUUAAUUAAGCCAUAUUAUCAAAAUCUUGAAAAUAAAAAAAUUCAUCAUAAUUAGUAUACAAUCUAGAUACAUGCUGAAAUCGAGGUCAAUGCUCACAAAUUCAAGCACCAAAAUAAAAAAACAAAAAUAACAAUAAAAAAUAGUUUUAAAAAAAAAAAAAAAA